AUGGCGAGUAGGAAUAACGUGACAGAGUUUAUUUUACUGGGUCUAACGCAAAACAUAAAGAUGCAGAAAAUCAUAUUUGUGGUGUUUUUGGUCAUCUACAUCGUCACUGUGGUAGGAAAUGUGCUCAUUGUGGUAACCAUCAUUACCAGUCCAUUGGUGGGAUCGCCCAUGUACUUUUUCUUGGCUUAUCUCUCCUUUAUUGAUGCUUGCUAUUCCUCUGUCAAUACUCCUAAACUGAUUGUAGAUUCAGUCAGUAAAAGGAAGACCAUACUCUUCAAUGGAUGCAUGACCCAAGUCUUUGGGGAACAUUUCUUUGGAGGUGCUGAGGUCAUCCUUCUAACUGUGAUGGCUUAUGAUCGAUAUGUGGCCAUCUGCAAGCCCUUGCACUACACAACCAUCAUGAACCGUAGAGUAUGUGGUCUUCUAAUGGGAGUUUCAUGGAUGGGAGGCUUUCUUCAUGCAACCAUACAAAUCCUUUUCAUGUUUCAAUUACCCUUUUGUGGACCUAACAUCAUAGAUCACUUUAUGUGUGAUCUAAAUCCUUUGCUCAGUCUUGCCUGCACAGAUACCCAUAUUCUGGGAUUCUUUGUUGCAGCCAAUAGUGGCUUCCUCUGUUUGUUAAACUUUUUCCUCUUGCUCAUCUCCUAUGUGGUCAUCUUGUAUUCCCUAAGGACCCACAGCUUGGAGGGGAGGCGCAAAGCCCUCUCAACUUGUGUUUCACACAUCACAGUGGUUGUCUUAUUCUUUGUGCCCUGCAUAUUUGUGUACAUGAGACCUGCAAAAACUUUGUCUAUUGACAAAGCAGUUACUGUAUUCUACACACUCAUAACUCCCAUGUUAAAUCCUUUAAUCUAUACCUUUAGAAAUGUCCAGAUGAAAAAUGCCAUUAUGAAAUUGUGCAGUAGGAAGGUUAUUUUAGUGGACAAAUAA